AUGGCAAAGUCGAUCCCCUCCACAAUCAAACUUGCCAGCGGUUAUGAGAUCCCGCGCCUAGGCUUUGGUGUCUAUCAAACACCCCCAGAAGAUGCGGAAAGAUGCUGCCUCGAGGCAUUCAAGGCCGGAUAUCGCCAUAUCGACUCAGCGUCAGGAUACAAAAAUGAAGCUGGCUGCGGCAGUGCCAUCCUCAAAUCCGGCCUCCCCCGCAGCGAGAUUUUCUUCACGUCCAAAGUCCUAAAAAUCAACUACAACGACGCCAAAGCUACCGUCGACAAAACCCUUUCCGAGACAAAACUCGACUAUAUCGACCUCAUGCUCCUCCAUCAGCCCUAUGGUGGGUCUGAAGGCCGUAAAGGCGCUUGGAAAGCCCUCGUCGAGGCCGUUGAGGCCGGGAAAGUCCGCUCCAUCGGCGUGAGCAACUAUGGCGUCCACCACCUUAACGAACUAGAGCAGCAUAUGUGCGAGCUCGAGGCCGAGCGCGGGCAGGGGAAAGGCGGCGUUUUAAGCAUCAACCAAGUGGAGGUGCACCCGUGGCUUGCUCGCCGGGACAUCGUUGACUGGUGCCAUGCGCGGGGCGUCUUCGUCGAGGCCUACUGUCCGAUUGUGCGUGGAGCGCGCUUCGAUGAGCCGGUUCUUCAGAAGCUGGCGAAGAAGUACGGGAAGGAGCCGGCGCAGGUUCUUAUCGCUGGAGUCUAUGAUUUUGCGCUUACGGAGGAAGAAGUGCAGGAACUGGAGACGGAUGAGUAUAGUCCUGUUGCGUGGGAUCCGACUGUUGCGAAGUUGGAGGAGUGA